AUGCUCUGUUUUCAGACCUACAUUGUGUACUUGGGAGGACACUCUCAUGGUCCUGACCCUUCUCCCACUGAUCUUCAAACAGCCACAGAUUCCCAUCAUGAUUUACUUGCUUCUGUCUUAGGAAGUCAUGAGAAGGCAAAGGAAUCAAUCAUGUACUCUUACAAUAAGCAUAUUAAUGGCUUCGCGGCCCUACUUGAAGACGAAGAAGCAUCAGAGAUUGCAGAGAAUCCGAACGUAGUUUCUGUUUUCCUGAGCAAAGAGCACAAAUUGCACACUACCAGGUCAUGGAAGUUUCUUGGGCUGGAAAAUAAUGGACGAGUUCCUGCAAACUCUGCUUGGAGUAAGGCAAAAUUUGGAGAAAACAUAAUCAUAGCUAAUAUCGAUACAGGAGUUUGGCCGGAACACCCCAGUUUUAGUGACAAAGGAUACGGGCCAGUGCCUUCAAAGUGGCGUGGGAAAGAUGUUUGUCAGAUUGACAGUUUUAAUACUACACAGAAAUAUUUCUGUAACAGGAAGCUGAUUGGAGCAAGAAUUUUCCUGAAGAAUCACGAGGCGGAAGUCGGGGAGGUUGAAAGAUCGUUACGCAGUGCACGUGACUUCGUAGGGCAUGGCACCCACACUCUAUCAACGGCAGGUGGUAAUUUUGUUCGUGGUGCGAACGUAGAACGUAACGGCAGAGGCACUGCUAAGGGAGGGUCCCCAAGAGCUCGCGUUGUGGCCUACAAAGCAUGCUGGGAUAAACUCGACACAGGAGGGUGCCACGAAGCAGAUUUCCUAGAAGCAUUUGAUCACGCCAUAUACGACGGCGUUGAUGUCAUCUCCGCCUCUAUUGGUUGGUCCACUCCCUACCAGGAAGCUUUGUUAACCGAUGGUAUUUCCAUUGGAUCAUUCCAUGCAGUAGCAAAAAAUAUACCCGUUAUUUGCUCUGCUGGCAAUGAUGGCCCCUCACCUUCAUCCGUCACUAACGUCGCACCCUGGUCCUUCACCGUUGCUGCCAGCACCAUGGACAGGGAUUUCCUCAGCAACAUUUCUCUUGGCAAGAAUAAAUACUUUAAGGGUGGCAGUCUUAAUCGAGGCUUCCCACAACCCGCUCGAAAGUUCUAUCCCGUUGUUUUUUCUGUCAACGCAAGACUUGAUAAUGCCUCUAUUAAUGAUGCUCUUGUUUGCAAACCGGGAACACUUGAUCCUGCCAAAGUAAAGGGAAAAAUACUUGUCUGCAUUCGAAGUGAUAAGUUACAAUCGGUUAAAGAGGGCGAACAGGGUAAACUUGCUGGCGCCGUGGCAGUUUUUGUGCAAAAUGAUGAACAGAGUGGAAAUUUGCUUCUGGCUGAAAAUCAUGUUAUUCCUGCUGCAAGUAUAAGUGGAACGGAGACUAAUUACACCAAUACUAGCCAUAUAAAUGGUACAGGCAGCAGCAUGUUUGCUUACUUGACUGCUGCAAAAACAUACCUAGGAGUAAAGCCAGCUCCAAUCAUGGCUGGAUUCUCGUCUAAGGGUCCUAGUGUCGUGCAACCGUUGAUAUUAAAGCCUGACAUAACUGCUCCGGGUGUGGGUGUAAUUGCUGCUUUUACACAAGCCGCGGGCCCUUCUAAUCUUGAAUCAGAUACACGUAGGACUCUUUUCAAUGUGGACCAGGGAACCUCUAUGGCUUGUCCUCAUGUUGCUGGCAUUGCGGGUCUUCUGAAAGCAUACCAUCCUACCUGGAGUCCAGCAGCGAUCAAAUCAGCUAUUAUGACUACAGCUACAACACUUGAUAACACCAAUCGACCCAUUCGGGACGUGUUUGAUAAGGAAGCAACUCCAUUCGAUUACGGUGCCGGACACGUUCAGCCUAACCUUGCAAUUGACCCUGGACUCGUUUAUGAUUUAGGCACAACCGAUUACUUGAACUUCUUAUGUGCUUCUGGUUACACCCAAGCUUUACUCAAGUUGUUUGGCAAUUUCAAAACCUCUUACAAAUGUCCCAAGUCUUACAGAAUCGAAGAUCUCAACUACCCUUCUAUCACCGUGCAUCAUCCUGCGUCAAAGCCUAUAUAUGUUACUCGCAUUGUUACAAACGUUGGACCUCCAGCCACAUAUGUUGUGAAUGUUCACGGGCCCAGGGGGAUCAAGGUUCGUGUUCAACCACCCUCCUUGACUUUUAAGAAAACUGGAGAAAAGAAGAGGUUUCAGGUUAUUCUGCAGGCAAUUACAGUGCCCCGUGGGUUCCCAUCAUUUGGGAAUCUGGCUUGGACAGAUGGCAAACACAAUGUAACCAGUCCUAUCACAGUCCUGUAA